ACUGUCAACACAAAUAAAUCAUGGGAAUUUCUUGGAGAAUUUUUAAAAAUAUUACCAUUAGAGAGUUUCCUAUGAAAUUUUAGUUUUAUCAUGCAAAAAGCCAGCGGAAAAGAAAUUUAUCUCAUCACAAAUACUCUCAACUGUUUACCAUUUCUGCUGGACGGUCAUUCAGUUUUGAUAGAUUUGCGAAACGAAUCAUCUGUGGCCGGACGUAUUGAUGCCACUGGAAGUGAUGGAUUUAUGAAUAUCCACUUAAUAGAUGCGGUGUUUAUAGAUAGAUAUGGCCUUCAAUAUCCCUUCGAACAGUUUAUGGUACGUCCACGUAUGAUACGUCAAAUACAUUUGCCAGCACAUUUAGAUGCUGAAAGCGCCAUACGUGACUGGUUGGAUCACGGACGGAAACCUGUCAGGAAGGCGCCACAACAACGAAAAGGAAAAAUGACCUUUAAAGAAAAACGCGCAAAGCAAAAACACAUAGAGGUGUUGAAUGAAAUAUCAAAAAACCAAAAAUGAUAGCGGCUAAGAAAAAUAAUAAUUUUGUAAACAGUAAAUUUUUUUU